AUGGAGUUGGGCGCACUUGUGACAAACGAGAUUGUCGUCGGUAUCGUUAAGGACGCCAUCAUGAGUUCAGAUUGCCGUUGUGGCUUUUUUCUUGACGACUUUCCACGAGCGGUCGUGCAGGCCAAAAAGCGCAAGGACGACAAUGAAGCCACGCUUGGCUCGCGUCUGGAGGAUUUUUACAAGCAGACGCAGCCCGUGAUUGACUUUUACCGUGAGCAGGGCAAACUGGUGGAAUUGAAUGCUCACACGGAAAUGCAUAAGGUGGCGGAUCAGAUCCUCAGCUCGGAUUAG